AUGACGAGAGGACAUCAUCUUCCGCCCAUCGGCGUAAUCCUUCUCCUCCUGAUCAGCAUCAUCGGCGCUGACAAAUGCGCUGAUGAGUGUACCUGCAAGUGGAAGAGUGGCAAACGAACAGUUGAGUGUGUCAAUCGUUCAUUAAACUCAAUACCAGAUACGAUAGACGCUGAAACACAGGUGUUGGAUGCCAGUGGUAACGACAUAAGAGUAUUACCAAGCAACAUCUUCAUUCGGGUUAGUUUAACGAAUCUUCAACGGCUGUACCUUCGUGCCUGUCGUAUGCAGCAGAUCGAUAAAGAUGCAUUUGCUGGGCUGACUAAUCUCGUUGAAUUGGACCUAUCCAACAAUCGUCUCACCCUAAUACCAAGUGACAGUCUUAUCAAAGCCCCAUUUUUACGUGAUUUAUCAUUAUCCCAUAAUCCCCUGGAGCGUGUAUUCAGUCAAGCAUUUCGUACAACUCCAAAUCUCGUUAAACUCGAUUUAUCCAACGCCCAAAUAGCUGAAGUUGAGGCUAAUGGUUUUCGUGGAUUAGACUCACUGGAGAGUCUCAAAUUAAAUGGUAAUCGCAUUGGUACCUUUCAUCCCGGUACAUUCGAGCCCCUCAACAAGAUAAAGAGUGUAGAAUUACAGGAUAAUCCCUGGAUUUGCAACUGUCAUCUGCGGGAGAUGAGACAGUGGAUGGCUAAGCACAACUUGCCUAUUAUCAUAUCGCCGGUUUGUCAUGGCCCAGAUCAACUUGUCGAUCGUUCUUUCACGGAUCUUGAGCUCGAUGAUUUUGCGUGUAGACCUGUCUUGAUGAUAGCCAGUCGUUAUGCUGAAGCGACGAUAGGUGAAAAUGCUAGUAUAGUGUGUCGUGUGUCAGCAGUUCCACCGGCUAAGGUCAAGUGGUUCUGGAAUGGCAAGCUUUUGUCGAAUCACUCGGCCUUCAGUAGCCACCAGAAGAUCUUCAUUUACGAAGAGGGACAGUUUUCUAAACGAAGUACGUUGAUUCUGACCAACGCCCAGGAGUCGGACUCCAGUGAGUUCUUUUGUGUUGCGGAAAAUCGGGCUGGUUCCGUUGAAGCCAACUUCACGCUUCACGUGUCAUUGAGGACUGCUGGCAUGUCAACUUUAGGUUCUGGUCAGAUUGCCGGUAUAUCCGCGGCACUGGUCGUUCUCAUCCUCUUUAUCCUCCUUAUCAUCCUCGUUCUGUUCGUUCGGCUUCGGAGGAUGCCUGUCAAGGACGUUAAGAACGCCACAGCCACUCUAGAAGUUCUUCCGAGCGAUACCAAUCAGGACGUAGGCGGGGGCUUCCCAACGUCACCCUCGUCUACCAGGAAGAUUGAAGACGCUGAGACAACAUUCAACGACUCCAGCAAACCAGUCUCACUUACUCUGAACUACGUCCAACGGACGUCUGUGGAGAACACCUCCAGUGAUUACGUCUUCGAAGAAGCUAGACCGGUUAUUCAUGGGCCAUGCUUCUCGUCAACGACGUCACUGGUGCCCAUCGAUAAUCCCGAUCUGAUCAGGGAUACUCGUACGUCGAUUGAAGAGCUUGGGUCCUACACAACGGAACAGCUGGGGACCAUCAUGAUGGAGGACACCAGGCUGCUGUACUCCAGUCUGUGGAAUACGAGAGAACGCAGCAGUCCGAGUUAUCCGGUUCCAAAUGCAAGUGGAUUCGGAGCCAAGGAGAUCCAGGCCAAUUUGACACCUAUCGAGCAGUUUCCACCUGGAGCGAAACAGCUCAGGGUCUGGCAGAAGGGGGUGCCUGUGCUACCUCCAGUGUCGGCGUUGAAACGGGUCCUUGGGUCGACCAGGAGUUCGCCAGAUGAGGGGUAUCAGGAGGGCACCGGUACUGAUGUCUAG